GCGCGCACUUAUCUUUAUCGAAUUGACCAGUUUUUCAUUGUUUACUGUCAUUCUGAAAAGUUCAAAGUUUACUAAAAAAUAAAAAUAUGAAAGUGCAGGACUUGGACAAAUGCGCACCGACCAGUGAAUGGAAUGUUCUCUACUGGAUAUUGGGCACCCUGCUGAUGCCGGUGGCUUUGCCACUUGCCAUAAUUGAAAUGCUUCAUCGGAUGAGAGCAAAAAAGUUCAGAAAUCAAUUACCCGGGAAGGUGGUGCUCAUAACAGGUGCCAGCUCUGGCCUGGGUGAAUCUUUGGCUCAUGUCUUUUACCGCGCCGGCUGCAAAGUAAUUCUAGCAGCACGCAGGCUCCCCGAAUUGGAGCGGGUCAAGAAUGAUCUGCUAGCAUUGGAUGUGGAACCAGCAUAUCCACCCACAGUAAUGCCUUUGGAUCUGGCCGAAUUAAACUCCAUACCAGAUUUUGUUAAGCGCGUCUUGGGUGUCUACAAUCAAGUGGAUAUACUUAUAAAUAAUGGUGGAAUUAGCGUUCGAGCGGAUGUGGCCUCAACAGCCGUUGAUGUCGAUGUCAAGGUGAUGGUAGUCAAUUAUUUUGGCUCAGUGGCCCUGACAAAAGCUCUCUUGCCUUCCAUGGUGGCUCGACAGAAUGGACACAUAUGUUUCAUAAGCUCUGUCCAGGGUAAAUUUGCAAUACCUCAGCGAGCCGCUUAUUCCGCAUCCAAGCAUGCUAUGCAGGCUUUUGCCGAUUCUCUGCGUGCCGAGGUGGCAAACAAGAAUGUAAAUGUGUCUUGUAUUAGUCCUGGCUAUGUACGCACACAACUCUCCUUAAAUGCCCUGACAGGCUCCGGCAACAACUAUGGCAAAAUGGAUGAGACCACCGCUAAGGGCAUGGCUCCCGAUAAACUGGCCGAAAGAGUUUUACAAUGCAUUCUACGAAAGGAACCCGAUAUCAUUGUUAGUGAUCUGCAGGCUAAAAUUGCCUAUUAUUUGCGUCACUUUUGUCCCAGUCUCUACUUUUGGAUAAUGGCCAAACGUGCCGCCAAAUUGGAGAAAGCUGAUAAAAAAGCGACUUAGGAUUUCAUUAGUUUUUUUUUUCAUUUCGUUUCAUUUUAUUAUUGU